AGGCGGAGCCUCGCCCUCGUCUCCGCCCCAGUCUCCGGGGCGGGCCGGAGUCCGAGGAAGAGGAAGGGGACGAGGACAACGAGCGACGGGGCGGAGGAGGAGGAGGAAGAGGAGGCAGAGCAACAAGAUGGCCCCUGCUGCAGGAGCAGCCUCAGCAGCAGCAGGUGGGAGCUCGGAGGCGGCGCUGGCGGUGGCGGCGGCGGCCGUGGCUCGGCGGCCUGGGAAAGAGUCAGAGUCGACGGUGGCAGCAGCGGCGGCGGCGGCUGCCGCGGCGGCGGCGACGGCCGCGGGGACUCGGAGCUGAGAGGAGCUGCUGCUCGGACCAGCGCGGUUAUAUUUCACACUAUGUGCUGACUGUAUCUACAGAAGAUAUUUAAAAAAAAAAAAGAUAAACUUUUUUCAAAGAUUUUGAUUCCAGUGGAAUCUUUGCUUUAGAUUUUGUGUGUGUGUGUGUCUGUUAGUGAAUUGUAACUCCAGAAGCAAUGCCUGUACAAGCUCCACAGUGGACGGAUUUCCUGUCCUGCCCAAUUUGCACUCAGACUUUUGACGAAACAAUUCGAAAGCCCAUCAGUUUGGGUUGUGGCCAUACUGUCUGCAAGAUGUGCCUGAAUAAACUUCACCGCAAGGCUUGCCCAUUUGACCAGACCACUAUCAAUACAGACAUUGAGCUCCUUCCCGUGAACUCAGCGUUGCUGCAGCUAGUGGGUGCUCAGGUCCCAGAACAGCAGCCCAUUACUUUGUGUAGUGGGGUUGAAGAUACAAAGCAUUAUGAGGAAGCCAAGAAAUGUGUAGAAGAAUUAGCAUUGUACCUGAAACCACUCAGCAGUGCUAGAGGAGUGGGUCUGAAUAGCACUACUCAGAGUGUUCUGAGUCGCCCAAUGCAGAGAAAGCUGGUGACUCUGGUCCACUGCCAGCUAGUGGAAGAAGAAGGCAGGAUUCGUGCCAUGAGGGCAGCACGAUCUUUAGGUGAACGAACAGUUACAGAGCUCAUUCUCCAGCACCAGAAUCCUCAGCAACUCUCUUCCAAUCUUUGGGCAGCAGUCAGGGCUAGGGGCUGCCAGUUCCUUGGACCAGCAAUGCAGGAGGAAGCCCUAAAGCUGGUUCUCCUUGCCUUAGAAGAUGGUUCUGCUUUGUCAAGAAAAGUAUUGGUUCUCUUUGUGGUGCAAAGGUUGGAGCCACGGUUUCCUCAAGCCUCUAAAACUAGCAUUGGGCAUGUUGUCCAGCUCCUUUAUAGAGCCUCCUGCUUCAAGGUCACCAAACGUGAUGAAGACUCUUCUUUGAUGCAGCUGAAAGAAGAAUUUAGAACCUAUGAAGCUCUGCGGCGAGAACAUGACUCCCAGAUAGUGCAGAUUGCGAUGGAAGCAGGCUUACGAAUUGCACCAGACCAAUGGUCCUCUUUGCUUUAUGGAGACCAGUCUCACAAAUCUCAUAUGCAGUCCAUUAUUGACAAGUUACAGACCCCAGCCUCUUUUGCACAAAGUGUUCAGGAACUAACAAUUGCUCUCCAGCGGACUGGCGAUCCAGCAAACUUGAACCGCCUAAGACCCCAUUUGGAGCUAUUAGCAAACAUCGACCCUAGUCCAGAUGCUCCUCCUCCUACUUGGGAACAGCUAGAAAAUGGGCUGGUUGCUGUGCGUACAGUGGUACAUGGGCUGGUUGAUUAUAUCCAGAACCACAGCAAAAAAGGAGCAGAUCAACAGCAGCCUCCACAGCAUAGCAAAUACAAAACAUACAUGUGUCGAGAUAUGAAGCAGAGAGGAGGAUGCCCUCGUGGAGCCAGCUGUACAUUUGCACACUCACAAGAGGAACUGGAAAAAUUUCGUAAAAUGAACAAACGCCUGGUGCCCAGAAGACCCCUGAGUGCUUCUUUGGGUCAGCUUAAUGAGGUGGGCCUGCCUUCAGCAGCUAUUCUUCCAGAUGAAGGUGCAGUGGAUCUGCCUGGCAGAAAACCCCCUGCUCUGCCAAAUGGAAUUGUGUCAGCAGGGAAUACAGCACAGCUGAUUCCACGAGGGACAGAUCCCAGCUAUGAUUCUAGUCUGAAACCAGGAAAGAUAGAUCAUCUGAGCAGUAGUGCUCCUGGAUCCCCUCCUGACCUGCUAGAAUCUGUCCCUAAAAGUAUAUCUGCCUUACCUGUGAAUCCACAUCCUGUACCUCCAAGGGGGCCAACAGACCUGCCUCCAUUGCCUGUCACCAAACCACUUCAGAUGGUACCACGAGGUUCUCAGUUAUAUCCAGCGCAACAGGCAGAUGUUUAUUAUCAGGAUCCUCGAGGAGCUGCUCCACCAUUUGAACCAGCACCUUAUCAGCAGGGUAUGUACUAUACUCCACCCCCACAGUGUGUGUCCCGCUUUGUCAGACCUCCACCAUCUGCUCCUGAACCAGGUCCUCCCUACUUGGAUCAUUAUCCACCCUACCUCCAAGAUCGUGUAGUAAACUCUCAAUAUGGCACACAGCCACAACAGUACCCGCCUAUGUACCCACCACACUAUGAUGGCCGUCGAGUAUACUCAGCUCAGUCUUAUACGAGAGAAGAGAUUUUCCGAGAAAGUCCUAUACCCAUUGAAAUUCCACCUGCAGCAGUACCAUCCUAUGUACCAGAAUCCAGAGAAAGAUACCCACAGAUGGAGGGUUACUAUCCAGUGGCUCCUCAUCCAACUCAGAUCAGACCUUCGUACAUCAGAGAGCCUCCUUACAGCCGGCUUCCUCCUCCUCCCCAGCCCCAUCCUAGUCUAGAUGAGCUACAUCGCAGACGAAAGGAAAUAAUGGCCCAAUUAGAGGAAAGGAAGGUUAUCUCUCCACCUCCUUUUGCACCUUCACCAACAUUGCCUCCUGCCUUCCAUCAAGAGGAAUUUUUGGAUGAAGACUUGAAGGUAGCUGGGAAAUACAAAGGAAAUGAUUAUAGCCAGUACUCUCCCUGGUCAUGUGACACCAUCGGCUCCUACAUUGGAACCAAAGAUGCAAAACCCAAAGAUGUUGUGGCAGCAGGGAGUGUGGAAAUGAUGAAUGUGGAGAGUAAAGGAAUGAGAGACCAGCGAUUGGAUCUUCAGAGAAGAACAGCAGAAACUAGUGAUGAUGACCUCAUCCCAUUUGGAGAUCGACCAACAGUAUCUCGGUUUGGUGCCAUCUCUCGAACUUCCAAAACAAUAUAUCAGGGUGCUGGCCCAAUACAGGCUAUGGCACCUCAGGGAGCUCCCACAAAACCUAUUAACAUUUCAGAUUAUAGUCCAUAUGGAACCCAUGGUGGCUGGGGAGGUUCUCCGUAUUCACCUCAUCAAAACAUACCUUCUCAGGGACACUUCAGUGAGAGGGAGAGAAUGUCCAUAUCAGAAGUCGCCGGUCAUGGAAAACCCCUUCCAUCUGCUGAGAGGGAACAGCUACGGCUAGAAUUGCAGCAACUAAACCAUCAAAUUAGCCAACAGACCCAGCUACGUGGACUAGAGGCUGUUAGUAACAGGCUGGUGUUUCAGAGGGAGGCGAACACCCUGGCAGGCCAGUCACAGCCCCCACCACCACCUCCAAAAUGGCCUGGAAUGAUCUCAAGUGAGCAGUUGAGCUUGGAACUGCACCAGGUGGAAAGGGAAAUCGGGAAGAGAACUCGGGAACUGAGUAUGGAGAACCAGUGUUCUCUGGACAUGAAAAGCAAAUCGAAUACAAGUAAGCAAGCAGAAAAUGGACAACCGGAACCACAACAUAAGGUUCCCACUGAGGACCUUACACUGACAUUCAGUGAUGUACCAAAUGGAUCAGCCUUGACACAAGAGAAUAUCAGCCUCCUAUCAAACAAGACCAGCUCUCUGAACCUGUCAGAGGACCCUGAGGGAGGAGGGGACAACAAGGACUCCCAGAGAUCAGGAGUUACACCCAGUUCUGCUCCCUAAAAUAUGAGGAGUCCUACUUUUAUCUUCUGCUCCUAAUCAAUUUGUGGGGCAUAGGGGUAGGAGAACAGAUAACUUCUAAACUUUUUCUCUGAGAGUGGUCAGAGAAAUCCAGGAAAAGCAUUGGAGGCAAUGUGCACAAACACCACUACUAAAAACAAAUCCUGCACAUAGUUCACAUUAAUGCAUUUUUUAAUUUAAAAGAAAAAGAAAAAGAAAAUUAGCAGUAUCUGCAAGCAAUUCAGAUUAAAUUUGUUUUUGUUCUGUGAAUGAACUUUAUUUUAAUAACUUUGGACGCCUUGGAUCCAGGGCUUUAAAAAAAAAGAAGAUAUUAUAUAUACACUCUGUUUGAUUAAUUGUAUGAUCUUAAUGAAGUAGGUUUUUCUUGUAUUUUGGUAUUAUUACAUACCCAGUGUAUAAUUCCUUACCCCUAGUCCUUUCCAACUCUCACAACCCCAUAAGUUAAAACAGACAAAAAGCACUUUCUGAGAAUUCUGUGGUGCUUGAGAAACAAAGAGACAGUAAUAGACUAGUUCUUAGAAAAUGUGCAGCAAACCAACUUUUCUGAGAGCUGUUAUUUAGAAGCCAUAGUUUUCUUUCCCUUUAUGGGUCACUAGCUUCAUGUGUAGGUAUGUUUUCCAUAUGGCAUUAAAACUUUUUUUGUUGUUCAGGAGAGUUUUAUCUCUUGUUUUUGUUUUUAUUUCAACUUUUCAGAGAGAUAAUGACCAAUUAAUUUUGAAGUGCUCAUUUCCAUAUUAUGGGUCCUUUUCAUUGAUUUAAUGUAAUCAGAAAGCCAAGCCCAUGUUUUAGAUUGUUUGAUUAGAUUUAAAUGGAGCUUAUUUUAAGAAUGAACUGUAAUUUAUUAGCACUGCAAAUACACAGUUGGUGCAUUGCCUCUAUUGAGCUGAUACUUGGAAAUUUGGAGCUGUGCUUUUCCAAAUUGAACUUUUGUUGAAAUCCUAGAAUGUUCAAAAAUCAGGACCAUCAACCAUAUUUUAAAACUGCAACACUUGAUUUGAACUUAAAAUGAACAGAGCCACAUUAUUUCAAUGGAUGUUUUUGUUUUACUCUCAAAAUCCAAAAGUGUAAAGUAAAAUCCCUGGAGCCUCUGGCUUUCAAAGAGAUUUGGCAAAUACAAACUGACGAGAGCUUAAGGAUAGUUUACAAAUUGAUCACUUGUUGCUGUUCGGAAUCAUUAGCACAAGUAGGUAGUAAGUACCUAGACGUCAAUUUUCAUAGACCUGGCUUUACAAUAUUGAAAAGAGUCUUCAUGAAAAUGUUGAAAAGAGUAAGGAAGAAUUGUCAUUAUUUAGUUCUGCUGCACAUAUUCUGAUGCCACGUGUCUAUACUGAACUAAGACCCUAUAAAACAUGUUUAGUGGGAAUUAUUUGACAUAGUCACCCUCCCCACCCCUCUGUUUGCCUGAUUUUUAAAAAUUUCCCUCUCUGGAUUAUACUACUAAAACAGAAAGCACUGGUUAUGUAAUAAGUUACUGCAUUGCUUUGGUUGGGUAAAAGCAAGAGUUUAUAUUUUUCUUGUUUCUUAUUUUCUUAACUCUUAACUCCUGCUGAGGUCAUAACAGCCUCAGUCUAAGCUCUGUGUCCAUCAUACUGUUAACUGAAACAAAUGGGGGGGUGGGGAGGGUUAAUACAGUCCUGUCAUUGCCUACCAGUAGGAGAGUCCAAACAGAACACUC